GGGUUUUCACAUUUUCGUUAAGGAAAGGGCACCAAUAGCAGAAUAUACUGUUAGCUAUCUUGCAGGUUUCUUCUGCUUUUAUAUUCUCCUCUUCUUUAAAGCUUUCUUUGUAUUGCUAGCUACUCAGCAAUAGCAAUAGAAAUGGGCAACUUUCUUUCCUCUUUUUCUCCAUCUUCGAAAAGAAAAUCUUUGCCCAUCGAAACUUCCUUCAAGCUUCCUUCUCCAUUGCCAACAUGGCCACCAGGUGAUGGGUUUGGAAAUGGAAGCAUUGACCUUGGUGGAUUGCGAGUGUGUCAGAUUUCAUCCCUCAAAAAAGUUUGGGCCACCCAUGAAGGUGGACCAGAUAACCUUGGUGCUUCUUUCUUUGAACCCUCAGAAACCCCACAAGGAUUCUUUAUGUUGGGUUGCUAUAGUCAACCCAAUAACAGAUCACUUUAUGGGUGGGUUCUUGCAGGGAAAGAUGAGGGAACUGCUCAGGAAACUUUAAAGAAGCCACUUGAUUACACCCUUGUUUGGAGUUCUGAGUCUCUGAAAAUCAAGCAAGAUGGCAUUGGCUACAUCUGGUUACCCACGGCCCCUGAUGGUUACACAUCUGUCGGCCUUGUUGUAACCAAUGUUCCUGAGAAGCCUUCCCUCGAAAAAGUACGCUGCGUUCAAUCAGACUUAACAGACCAAUGUGAGAUUGAUUCUUGGAUAUGGGGAAUAGGUAAACAAAGUGAUCCAAAUGCGUUUAAUGUUUUCAGUUUGAGACCCAGCAAUAGAGGGACACAGGCUAUGGGUGUCAGUGUGGGAACAUUUGCCGCCCAAAACGGCAAUGCUACUUCUAUUUCUGUUGUUGCUUGCUUGAAGAACGUUAGCUCCCAUAAUUUAUCUUGUAUGCCUAACUUAAAUCAAAUCCAAGCAAUUUUCAAUGCAUACUCUCCCCGGAUAUAUUUCCAUCCAGAUGAAGAGUAUCUUUCAUCUUCUGUGAGUUGGUACUUCAACAAUGGGGCUUUGCUAUAUAAAAAGGGAGAAGAAUCCAAUCCUGUGCCCAUUGAAGCAACAGGCUCGAACCUUCCCCAAGGAGGUUCAAAUGAUGGUUCUUACUGGCUGGACCUUCCUGUGGAUGAAGGGGCCAAAGAGAGAGUCAAGAAAGGAGAUUUACAAGAAACGGAGGUUUAUUUACACAUCAAACCAAUGUUGGGAGCAACCUUCACAGACAUAGCUGUGUGGAUAUUUUGUCCUUUCAAUGGUCCUGCCAAGGCCAAAGUUGAGUUCAUCAAUCUUCCUUUAGGAAGGAUAGGUGAACACGUUGGUGAUUGGGAGCAUGUUACAUUAAGGGUCAGCAAUUUUAAUGGAGAGUUGCGGAGAGUUUUCUUCUCGCAACACAGUGGAGGGUCUUGGUUCGAUGCCUCAGAGCUUGAGUUUGAUAAUGGCAACAAAUCUAUAGGCUACGCAUCAUUGCACGGACAUGCCAUGUACUCGAAACCAGGUCUGGUCUUACAAGGGAGUAAUGGAAUAGGAAUAAGGAAUGAUACUGCUAAAAGCAAAAUGGUAUUGGACACUGGAACAAGAUUCUCCAUUGUUGCAGCUGAGUAUCUCGGCACGGCUGUCGUAGAACCACCAUGGCUCAACUACUUGAGGGAAUGGGGACCCAAGAUUACUUACGACAUUGAGGAUGAGCUAAAAAAGGUUGAAAAAGUAUUGCCCGGAAAACUCAAAUCUGCGUUUAGAAAGAUUAUCAAUAGCCUACCGGAUGAAGUUUUCGGGGAAGAAGGGCCUACUGGUCCUAAACUGAAAAGAAAUUGGAUUGGAGAUGAAAUUUGAUUUAAAAACUAAAACAACUUUUUUUAACACGUCUCUGCUGGUCCGAUUAAUUUGGUUAAUCCGGUUCAAUUUGUUAUCUAAUUCGGUUUGAAAAUAUUAAAACUUAGAAUUCGAUUUUUCGAAAAAAAAACUAAACAAACGGACAUUAAGCUUUAAUCUAUUUUAUCCUUAUCAAUAAAAGUUAGCUUUUCCCCUCAAAAUUUUGAUAUUAAGAAGGUGAAAGAAGAGAUAGGGAGUUCUUGGAUUAUGAAUAUAAGAUAUUUGUAAUUUGUUAAAUUCUUUAGCAUAUGAUUUGGAUUUGCAUUGUAAUUUAAGUUUGAAUUUUAUUGUAAUUAAUAGUUUAUUGCAAUUAAUCUA